UACAAUCAAACAGAUCCUCUAGAGGUAAAGCAAUCAAACAUAUCCUUUGAAUUAGAUCUUCUUCUUCUUUUUUGAUAAAGCAAUCAAACAUAUCUUGACAUAGGAGGAUUCUCUUUCUGGUAAAAUAGAAGAAGAAGAAGAAGAACAGCAAUUUCAAUUAAAUUUUCAGCAACAUCAAUGAAGAAUACAAUCAGACAUAAAACACUAAAAUUCUGCCAUGAAUUAUGACUUUAUCUAUGAAAAGUUGGUGGUUCGUAUGUUUGGUGUUAAAUUUAAAAUCAGGGAUAGUGUGAUUAGUUUGAUAUUGCGUCAGCUAGAACUGUGUCUACUUCUUUAACUAUCACCAUAAACAUAUAUGCCUAUUUUUAGCCUUCGUCUUGUAAUUCAAUGAAACUGUAUAUACAAGCUUUGUUAUUUCCCCAAGCGUAACGGGGAGGAUUUGAUAAUUUAACUAAAUCAAGGGGUCAGUUUUCAAUUUAAAAAAGGCCUGUAUAUAUAUAUAGUUCAUUGCUUAGACCUAAUCGUGUUCGCUUAGACCUAAUCGUGUUUGCUUAAGUAUGAAGAAGUCCAAAGUAGAACCACGGCAAACAAAAUCGUCUCCAUCUCGAGGUUGGUUUGCUAAUUCCUGUUUAACCCCAAUCUUUUUUAAGAAAACCCUAACCUCUGCCGCAAGCUAUGGAUUCCGAAGUCGAACCAUCGCAGAAAAAGAAGAAACCAAAUUCAUCUCCGUCGUUUGUGUCCCUUCCUGAUGUAAUCCUUGUAAACUGUUUAGCCCGCAUACCGAAAUCGUACUACCCGAAACUCUCCUUAGUCUGCAAGAGCUUCUGCUCUCUCAUCUUAUCCAUGGAGCUCUAUGUAGAGCGAUUGUACCUUCGAAGACAUGAAGACGUCUUUCACGUCUGCUUACAGUUGCCCGAUCGUCGUCUUCCCUCAUGGUUUAGUCUCUGGACUAAACCGGAUCAAACCCUAACCAAUGACAUCGGGAAGAAGAAAAAGUCUACUAGAAAUACUUUGUUGGUACCAAUACCUUCUUCUUACUCUCCUCGUGUACCAAUGUUCAUCGGUGAGAUUGGUUCAGAAUUAUACGCUAUUAGCAAACAUAAUAGUCCGUCCUCGGUCAUGUGGGUUCGUAAUAAGAGUACUAACUACGCCUGGCGUAAAGCCCCUAGCAUGACAGUAGCUCGAGCCAAUGUUUUUGCUUGUGUAAUCAAUGGGAAAAUAUACGUAAUGGGAGGUUGUGCAGCAGAUGAGUCAACGAAUUGGGCUGAGGUUUUCGACCCGAAGACUCAAACUUGGGAACCUUUACCUGACCCUGGGGAUGAGUUACGCUUAUCUUCAUUUAAAACUAUGGAGGUGAUCGAAGGAAAGAUUUACGUUAAGAAAAGCUAUACGAUGGACUAUGUUUAUGAUCCGGAAGAAGAUAAAUGGGACGUUAUCACAAGAGCAUUCAUGAUUGAGAGAAAGUGUGAGAUAGAGAAUGUAUUGUACCGUUGUCGUGGACAAAGUUGUUCGUGGUAUGACACAAAGCAGAAAGAAUGGAGAGAUAUCAAGGGUUUGGCUACAUUGAAUAGGUAUCGUCGUUCUUAUGUUAUUGAAGUAGCUAACUACUGUGACAAACUCUUAAUCUUGUGGGAAAUCUUUGCGAAGCAAAACAAGAAUAUUUGGUGUGCCGUGAUUUCACUUAAAAGGCGUAAAGAUGAUGAAAUUUGGGGAAAGGUUGAGUGGGCUAGUAUUGUGCUUACGGUUCCUAGUUCAUAUGUUUUCUUGCGUUGUGAAGUGAAACCGGUUUGAUCAAUAUAUUUGUGAUCAUGCUUUUGAUUUGAGUCUUUUGUGCAUUGCCUAUGGUUUUUAAAGUCAUUUU